GACGACAUUAACACUCGACGGGACAUCUUCCUACUCGAACUACCUGAACGGAGUGAAACACCACCACGAAUCAGAGGAGGUCGAGAUUAGAUACCCAGCAAGAAAAUGCUGCUCUUCGUUAAAAUGUCACUUCUGCUUUUAUGGACUUUAAUGUCCCUGUGUGUCACGGCAAAAACUUCACCUGAGCAGACAAAGACGGUGGAAUUUAACGUCAAGCCUGGAGGAGUUGUGCACGCUUUCUCUGAGGGAAUUCGCGAGUAUGAGUGCACAUUCACUUAUGCUUCACAGGGAGGAACCAAUGAGCAAUGGCUGAUGAGUGUGGGCCUGAGUGAAGACGACAAGCUGUUUUCUUGCUCUGUGUGGAGGCCUCAGGGAAAAUCAUACCUGUUCUUCACCCAGUUCAAAGCUGAGCUGAAAGGAGCCAAAAUUGAAUACGCCAAUGCUUUUUCACAAACAGCAGCAGCAGGACAGCGUGACGUGCCUCUGAAGCCAGAGGAAUUUACCAUAGGAGAAUCAACAGUGACUCAAAAAGAUGGAAAGUUCAGCGCUCAACUUUCCAAGUUGACCGUCAUCGGACGAACUGGACACGACGAGCUGUGAUUCGACAGAAGUCACGGUGAACUGUGCUUCUGCUCGUUAAUCAGCGAAAGAUGGAUUUCUUCCUGAGGGACAACAUAAACCUGAAGCAGGAUGAAACUGAUAUGGGCCUGAGGGGACAUUGUGUGCCAGUUGCUUUACAUGUCCAGCACUUUUUCAAUGAUUUUGGAUUUUUUCUACAAAACAUGAAGAGGAACUAGCUGAUUAUCCAGAUUUUUCCUGAUAAAAACGAGCCAUUAGGUGCUUCUGUAGUUGUUUCUUACUUUCCCAGCCUGAAAUAUAAAAUGAUUCUGGUUUGAGCUAAUGGGGGUAUGAAUGUAUAUAGUAUUUGUGUUGGGGUGGGGUCUGUCUAGCAUAGAUACAUUUUAGAUUAGCAAGAGAUUUAUGCGUCUUGUGUAAUCCUGAAAGGAGAGGGAGUAAUCCCCGAUAUUGUAAAGCAGCACACAUCUAAACUAGUAGACGUUGCUCUGUCUCGUUGUGAUCCGCGCUGCUGUUGAAAGAAAGCACUUCAGUGUCUCCGUUUGUCUACAUCUGCUGCAGAUAACUCAAAGCACCGCAUCUGAUCCCUUCAAACAGCAGCCAGGUUUUUGUUUUCUGCUGUUUCUUCCGAUAAAAGCUGUACUCAUCAAAGAACACAUCACAGAAGAGAAUCAAAAUGCAGUAAGGUUUUUGCAAACCGAUGACCAGUUUGAGCUAGCCAUGGGGCAAUGUGUCUUAUUCACUAUAUGAUGACCGUGGUAUUUAUACUAUACAUUAAAACAAAAACAUAUAACGUGACCUAAUUGCUUUUAUUUAAAAUGAAAAAAACUAGUAAUAUAACAUGUUGACAGUAUCAGUUAUAAUAAUGGUUUUUAAAAAGUUUGUCUGUGGGGGUUUUUUUUUUAUUUAUAAAAGGAUUUAAGCAAAAAACAGAAAGAAACACACGCAGUACUUUAAAGUGCUUAUUGUGCGGAAAUAUAAUACAUUUUUGUCCUUCUGGAAGUAUUGCAUACAUAUAUUAAUCCGGUAAUCGGUUCUGUGCAGAAAUGUAUCAUUCUUGUAAGUGAGGGAAACGUAGAGUAGCUUUCAUUAAGCCAACUGAGCAGCAGUGUGCAGUAGCAUGUAGUGAAAGGGUAAAACUGUUUUACUUCAUGCUUCAAACUCCUGCACCCUCUCUGGCAUCUAAUUAAAAUGAUUUUACACCUUG